AUGGCAAGUGGAGAAAACCACCGCUCUCAACGCCUAGAGAACGAACAACCAAAACGCAUCACAAAGAAAGUGCGUAUGGAUACCCCAAACGAGGAAGACGACGCUGUAAUGGAUCAACACAUUGAGGAUGUGGAAACGCUAGAGAAAACAGAGAAGGAUACUGAAAUGCCAUACCCAGCAAAACUCUCAUACAAGGAGAAACUCAUUGCUGGAGAACAAGCUAGACCAAUCUUCUCACCGCAAGAAAUCAUCGACCUGGUGAGGGAUGAACUGGUGGUGGGAAAUCCGGAAACUGAAGAACCAAAAACGGACAGAGGAGCUUUCAAUCCGAAACCAGUAGUGCCUAUCUCUCUCGAAGAAUACGAGGAAUGGUGCAGGCCCUGGAAAUACUCUCUUGUCAUUAAGCUCCUAGGCAAGAGGAUAGGCUUCAAAUGGAUGAACCAGCGAAUCCACCAUUUCUGGGCUCGCGAAGGCGACCUGAAAGUCAUCGACCUCACUGAUGACUACUUCCUGGUGAGAUUUGUUUCUGAAAAGGACUACCUGUACGCCCUAUUUGAAGGCCCCUGGAGAAUCGCUGAUCACUAUCUCUUGGUUCAAAGAUGGCGACCAAUGUUCAAGCCGGGGGAUGAUGAAGUCCGAAAAAUUGCUGUAUGGGUUCGCUUCCCCAAAUUACCUCAAGAACUGUAUAAUGAGACCUUUCUGUGGAGAGCAGGAUCUAUGCUUGCUCUGGGAACAGAAUGCAACGUCGAAUACGAGGGACUCCAUUUUAUUUGCUUUGAAUGUGGUAGGUAUGGCCACAAGAAGGAAUACUGCCCUGAACUCAUUGCCCCACUUUCUUGUCCCCCAGAACCUGUCGCCACAAAGACAACACCAACAAACCUUGAUGCUAAUCAAAACCCAGGAAUUGUUCAUGAGGAAACCCCUAGUGCAGAGACUCAAAGCUGCUUUGGACCUUGGAUGAUGGCCAAGAGACAACCCAAAAGGAAACCUCCCAAGGCCAGUAAUCAAGGGACAAUCCUCAGGGAGAAUGGGACCAGAUUUGAUGUUCUUUCAAGGGAACCAGAAAGUAAUGAGAAAACCCAAGAUAUGCAGCAUAAGCAGAGCACAGGAAACCAGGAGAGCAGGAGAGGCAAACAACAACAGGGAGCUACAAUUAAGCAAGCAAAACCAACAAAUAAAGGAAGGACUGCUAAAUCUGCAAACAAUCCUAAGCAGAACAAGGAAAACUCUCCCCCGACCACCUCAAUGCAGGUAGACAGAAUAGAAAAAGAACAAAUGAAGAUAACCCCUGAUGAACCUGUGGGAGCACAAACCAAAGAGUGGCCACAAUCCCUGAUGAAACUCCAAGUAAAUCUAGGGGAUAAGUUCCAUGAUGUGGCCUGCAAAGCAAAUGACCCACAAGAACAAUCCUAUGACCCACAUGAGGAAGAACUAAGAAUGAUGUAUGCCCUACUCCAGAAGAAGGGGGUGAAGGAUCUGAAUUCCCUACAAAGGUUGUAUGAUGCAUCUCUGAAUGAGACAGUGUUGAUGGAGGUCAACAGGCCACCGCCUCCAUAG